CUGCCUUGUCGAGCAGACGUGCGAGCGCAAGGUGCGGCACACGGUCCCACCAGGCCUCCACGCCUGUGCCAGCCCUCGAGCUUUUCUCCCUACCAUCGCGAAAGGCCAUGCUGCUAUCUCAUCUCCAGCCCAGAUAGCACCCUUCCCACAGAUACCGUCCGCGCGGCCUUCCUCGUUCCCAGCAAGACACGCUUCCGACGCCCUACCCUACCCUACCCUACCCUACCCUACCCUUCCCGCUAGCCACGCCCGUCCUGCGAGCGUCUCAAUAAAGGCAUUCCCACUUCGCGGGCGUGUCAAUAGCGGCUUCAGUUACCAUGACGCGGAGAAUAGUAUACGGCUGCGGCCUCUUGCUUACCAUUGCCUGCACGGCAAUGACUAUUGCGAGCAUUGUAAUGCCGCGAUGGGUCAGCUUCAGUUCCAAUGAUGAGCGCAAGUUCUCCAUGGGCCUCCACAGGCGCUGCUCGAGCGUCACCGGUGCCUGCCACCCCUUCCCGCAAGCGUCGGACUGCUCCAAGGACAAAUAUUUCUGCAGCAUGUGGAGGACGGUCGGCUUCCUAAUCUCGUUCGACGUUGUAAUCGAGCUUUGCACCCUGGUCGCCUUCUGUGUGAUAAUCGCUGGUGGCGUACAGAGACGUACAGCAGGGUAUAUGGUUCUCUGCGCACUACUACUCUUCGGUGGCAUCGUACAGUGUGCAGGUAUGGCCAUUGUGGCCUUCCUCUACGACCACCACGAGCGCUUCUUCGAAGGCUGGUACCUUGACGCCUCAUGGUCGCUGUGCACCGCUUCCUGGAGCAUUCUUGUCCUGACGAGCCUCGGAAUCGCAGCUUCGGCAUUCUACCUCCCUGCAGAGGGCGACUACGAGCUGGUCCCUGACCGUCAGGAAACCGUGCAAGACGAGCAAUUACUCUCGCGUAUAGACCUCUGGAACGAUGGAUAUCGCCGCGACGAAGGAUACCAACAGGAACGCGACUGGUAGCGAAAGAGACGAGACGAUG